AUGUCCACCCUCUUCCUCAGGAUGAUUUGGCUGAUAGCACUCCUGAUUCUCGGCUUGGUAGCUGCUCCAGCUAGCCCUGAGAUCGUAGAGCCAGGACCGGACUCUGGAAUUGUGUUAAGGGAUCAGCCUGGACUCCUGAUAACAGACUGUCGCCUGCACACACAGAAGGUGUUUGUCAGGCUCAACCCUAAGGAAGUCCUCAAGAAAAAUGUUCCGGUAACAGCUCAACUGACCAGUUGGGCCGGGACACAUUGGAGCAGGCAGGUCGUAAAUCACGCUGAGUUGGACAUUACUUACAUGUUAGAGCAACUUCAGAAAUUCACUGUCUCUCAAACAGAGUUAAGUGGUACCAACAGGAGAUCCAAGCGUUUUAUUGGAGCACUGCUCACCGCAGCCUCGGUUGUUGGCUCUCUUUUUGGUGUUGGGCUGUCCUCUGUUAAUGCAAUUAGCUUAGCUGCCGUCAAACGCCAUGUGGGUGAGCUAGAAGCCGAAAUCCCAGACAUCAGGGCUCAGAUAAACAGACAGCAGACACAACUGCAGACUAUUGGUCAAACAGUCAAGGGCACCGUUCUGGUGGUUAACACCCACACAGAAGUCCUGAAUAAGACGCUGCGUGCUGUAAAUUCUUUGUUGUCGGUGGUCAAGGUCGAAUAUGCUCACACAAUGCUAUUGAAUAUGCUCAUGUCAGACAUGUUGCGAGAAAUAUCAUCCUCAAUAGACAGCUUGGCUGCAGGCCGGAUUCCUCCGUACUUGGUACCUCUCUCAUUGGUUCAGGACUUACUAUCAACUGCAACCAGAGAGGCCACCACUCCUUUACAAGCCCACCUCGCGUAUACCCUGGGUAGCGCUGUGCCGAUCUACGUUAAUCCCGAAGAUUGA